AUGACACCUGGAGUUGCAGGCGGUAUGACACCAGGAUUGAAUCCUGGCACACCGGGUUUGGCCGGGAACCUGACCCCCGGUGGAAAUCGCACGCCUUUCCAUAUGCCGGAGUAUGCUUCCGGCUUUGAGAAGUCUGAGGGCAACACUCCGCAAUGGAAGCCUCCGCCGGAGACGCCGACUGGGCCAAUGCAUGGAAUGCCCAGUGCUGGCACACCGCCGUUCCAGGCGCGGGCAUCCGGCACCCCGGCCGGACCUCCUCCUCCUACCCCGGCACAGGGCGUCAAGGGAUCCAUGACGCCUCCGGGGCUCGCCGGCCCCGCAGCGUCCACUCCGAACAUCAACCCCUUCACCCCAGGUGCUCCACCACGGACACCCUCCAAUCUCCCCGGCUCCGCCAAUGCGCCGACCACGCCAGUCGCCGCGCAGAAAGACGAGAAGUCGGUAAAGACCGAAAGGCAGAAGGUGCAGAAGGUGCAGGUGGUCUUCGAGCAGCGCUCUAGUAGCUCCCUGCUCAUCGCCACGGAGGCUGAGGGCGAACAGGACGUGCAGCCGGCACCGCCUCCUCCACAGCUCGGUGUCUACGAGCUUCACCAGCAGGAUGCUCGCGAGAUCCUCUACCAAGCCUUGAG